GGAGGAGGCGGGCUUUUGGGACCGGCGCCUUCUCCUUGCUUUUUGGGGUCGUGGCCUUGCUCCUGCAGGGCAAGGGAAGCGUCCUGGGCUUUCACGCGCAAGUGUGCGCGUGGGUCCUGACGUGCUCUUAGGUCCACGCUCAGACUCUGCGGGGACAGAAGCAGGAGCCAUGGGCGGGACCGCUAGCACCCGCCGGGUCACCUUCGAGGCGGACGAGAACGAGAACAUCACCGUGGUGAAGGGCAUCCGGCUUUCAGAAAAUGUGAUCGAUCGGAUGAAGGAGUCCAGUCCAUCUGGUUCUAAGUCUCAGCGAUAUUCCAGUGUUUAUGGUGCUUCAGUUUCUGAUGAAGAAUUGAAAAGAAGAGUAGCUGAGGAGCUGGCAUUGGAGCAAGCCAAAAAGGAGUCAGAACACCAGAGACGCCUUAAACAAGCAAGGGACCUAGAAAGAGAGAGGGCUGCGGCCAAUGAGCAGCUGACCCGAGCUAUCCUCCGGGAAAGAAUAUCCAGUGAGGAGGAGCGCACGAAGGCGAAGCAUCUGGAUAUUGAAGACAAAGCUCGGCAGCUGGAAGAGAAAGACCGGGUGAUGCGGAAGCAGGAUGCAUUCUACAAAGAGCAGCUGGCGAGACUGGAGGAGAGGAGCUCAGAGUUCUACAAAGUCACCACUGAGGAGUAUCAGAAAGCUGCUGAAGAGGUGGAGGCCAAGUUCAAGCGGUAUGAAUAUCAUCCAGUCUGUGCAGAUCUGCAGACCAAAAUCCUCCAGUGUUACCGUCAGAACACGGAGCAGACCCUCAGCUGCGCCGCUCUGGCCAGCCAAUACAUGCAUUGUGUCAACCAUGCCAAACAGAGCAUGCUGGAGAAGGGAGGCUAAAGUUACCCUGAGAACAUGCAAGCUCCUUCAGCGUUAAUUCCAGAGGUGGAACAUUUUUUCUUUUCCUAGUAUGAAAAUGACCUAAUUAAAGAGAAGACCACUAAAGACAGACAGGCACUGGAAAAUGGACUCAACUGAAUCAUAACAUAUUUUGAUCAACAGUUUAAAAAGCCAUGGUCUAGAUCAGCGAUCAGUCAUCAAAGAACACUGUUAAGUGUUAAUGAAACCACAAAAUGAAUAAAAGAAAGGCCGUCCACCCCACCUUUUUGUACUCUCUUUCCAACUUCUACUGACAAAAAAAUGUUCUCUUCACUCCAGGCUCCAACAUUUAGUGACUUCCACUCUGAGACGGGGGGGGGGGGGGGGGAUUAAACUAUUUCAAAUGAUUUCAAAUGGAGAGACAGCAAGAAAGCACUGGGCUAGGGCAACAGUGCAGACUUGCCUGGGUGUGUUCUUCUCAUUAUAUAGGAGCUAAUUCAUUGUAACUUAUGAUCUUUCAAGACAGAAAGGAGAGAAAAUGUACCUCUUUUACUGGAAUAAUGUUUAUGAUUGCAGGUAAAAUAAGGCAUUUUUUGUGAAUAUAAAGGCAACCUUGGCUUGUUCAACCAAGUAGCGAAUACUGACAACUUUACUCACUAUCAAUAAUAAAUCUAUUUUCUGACAGACUGGCA